UAUCUAUUUCAGGAUACAUUAUCAUACAAAACAGCACUAAAAGUGAAACAUGUCACCUGGAGCCAAUGCAGCAAUGUUGUUUUAUCUAUGUUAUAUUCUGUCAAAAAAGUGGACUACAUAAAUGAAAAACUUAAGUACAAACUCUGUUACCAUGCCGACAGCUUUUACCUCCCUCUUAGUGAUAAUUAUGGAAAAUUUGAUGACCAUAGUUUGAGUUAAAACUUCUUUUUAUAGCCUACUCACUUUUUCGAGUGGAGCAAUGUGAAAACUAAACACAGCCUAUUGUAUGCACGGACCAAAGGAUUUUAUACUGCACCUUUUUGUCUGUUUGUCUAAAUAUUGCACGUUAUAUUUGGUAUUGCACAUAGUUUUGCACUUGUAAUUGUGAUUAUUGUCACUUUAUACUUGACUGCACACCUUCUGAUUUACAUGUGAGGAAUUCAAAAGAAUUGAAUCUUUAAAUAAAUGCACGAAGAAAUAUAUAUGUGGAGGUGCUUGCCCUUGCCGUCCGCCUGUUGGCCACCAGGUGGCGCUAGUGGCUCACUGAUGGCAGGAAGUCAACAACACGUAAAAGAGCAAGAAGGGUCUGGUUACUCUUUGCACACACACAGUAAGUUUGGCUGUGUUCUCUAUGACCUUUGUUUCAAGUUGGUUUAAAGUCGGUUAAUAUUUCACUUUGGUGUGGCUAGACGAUUUAUUUCCUCCCAACUGGAGCACUGCUGAAUUUCCCGGCGACGGUGCUAAACAAACGUUAGCUAGCUGCUGUUUGAAAUCUGAGCAACCGUUAGCUAGAUAACGUUAGAGCUCAAACUGUGUUUCCUACAAAAUGGAGGAGGAGGAAGAAGCCCUUAAAAACCACUGCAGAAGAAUGAUUUCUCGUGUCCGAAACAAACAGCGCCCCCAGCCCUCCUCCUCCUCCUCGGAGAGGGGGAAACCCACGCAGCACCGAGGAGCCAAUGGGAGGAGGACCGAGUUCCGAGAUCUCCGGGAAUGUAACGUUAACCUCCCUGUCCCAUACUCCACGUCCUCCCCCAAUCUCAUGUGUCAAGGUCCUGAAGUCCAGACCGCCCCCCCUCAACUCAUCUUAAUGCUGAAGCUCAAAACAUUCAACGAGGAGAUGAAACGGGCUGCAGAGCUGGAGCUCCACGAUCCCGCAGUCUGCAGCGUGUGUGAGCGCCAACAGGCUUCUCUGGCCUUGAACACUUUUAUCAGGAGGAAGAAGACACAACUGCAGUUCCAAACACUGAAGGACAGACUAAACACCCACUGGAGCUAUGGAGAGUGUGAACGUUGGGAGAGUUUGGGCAAACUCUCCCAAAGCCUUUUGAUGCCCACCACUGGAUUUGGGAGGAACAACUUGGUGGACAUGUGCGGGUCACGGCAACCUGGGGUUGCCUUAGCAACAGCUAAGGAACGUGGAGUUACCCUAGCAACAGAUGAAAUGAGGGGUUACCCUGACAAAAACGCUACAGGAACUCAUUUAAUGAGACCUCACUGUGCUUUUUCAGACAGAUAGCUGCAGACAUGAUGGGCACAGUAUUAAUACAACGAAAGGUAUACUAUUGUGUUGCUGUCAAACAUAUUCCUAUCUCUAUAUUUUGACACACAGGGUAAACGCACCCAUUUACCCAAUACAUAUUUAUCCAUAUGCUGAUGGUGGUUACCCGCCAGCACAGCUACAGCUGUAUGUAGUGGUGUGAACAUAAACACAGCUGGGUUUAUGAUCACACCACUUAAUGUGCAAAAAAACAAAUGUCUAGCCUUUGUUUUUGAGUGUAAAAAGGGACAUGCUAAUAACAAGGUUAGUACAAAACAUCUAUUUAUUUACUUAUCACUGUAUUAAAGUUAAACACACGACACUAUUCAGAGCAGAUGAGUCUGGCCUGUUUGUGGUCACUUGAACAAUGUAAACAUUAAAAGAUUGUAUUCUAUUUAACUUCAAUUAAACCUAUUUGUUUUUUCAUUGGCACAAAAAAUACACAACAGACAGCCAUGGAAGCACACAUGCAUUGCAAAAAAUUAGUACAAUAUCUAAGGCAAAAAAAACAUGGGGAAAAUGAUGUGGACAGUUUAUCAAGUUCCUUUUUGCAUUAUUGCAGUUACAUGGUUACGGCCUAGUAAACCUAAUAUACAAGUCAUACAGUUACAUAUAAACACAUCCAAAGCACUGAUAAAAACAAACAACAGAAUGACAUUACCGGAUCCUCCAUCAAUUUCAGUUGACAGUUCGUGAAAGACAAUUUGUUAAAAUGGGGACUGUUUGUGGAAAUUGUCCUGAAGCACAGAUCUGUUAUUUCAGUCAUAAAUGGCUGAUCUUAGAUCAGUGUAUUGGACCAGGUCCCUGUAAACCCACAGAAGCUGAAGGUAGAGUGGGAGCUACUCAUCCGGCUUCCUCUUGGGCUUCUUUGGGUUGCGGGAGCGGCUCUUGGCCUUGCACAAUGGGCAGAUGGGAGCAUUACGAUGAAUCUGCUGGUGGCAUGACAGGCAAGCCUAGAGAGGGGGGGGGGGAUAAUAUUAAGUCUAGGGCUGGGUACUGUAACUUGGAUACUUUUAGGCACAGGCCAAAUUGCCUCACAGUAUCGAGUAUUGAGAAAUGCCUUGUCAUUUAUUACCACAUUUCAAUGCCUAAGGAAUAAAUCUCAUCAGCGUGAGUGAGCCAAUAAGCAUUCGGCAUGCUUAUACCAAGAUCUAAUAAUGAUUUUAAUUGGCUGUCUAACUUUAUAUGUUGUGAAGGCAUGCAGGAAAAACUCUGUUGUGCACAGAGCCAGGGGCUCAGGUGUGUGUUGUUGGUUUUUGAGAAGCUUCACUACAAUGUGUCACAAAAAAAAAGAUUGAUUUGUACCGUAAUGUGUAAUGCUAUUUCUUUUUGUUGAAAAUGGAUAAAAUAUCGAUACUCACAGACACACUCAUGUGUCUGGGUGUGUCUGACUAAGCGCAUUAUUUUCUUUAUCAAACUCUAGGGUGGUGUCUGAGUUUGUUCAUUUUCUCCAUAUAUGGCAUAACUAGCAGCCGAUUACAUCUUGGAAAUUCACAUUGCUUUUGUAAUUAUUAAGAAAGAAAAUGCAAAGUGUAAAAUGGCUGGUAUGUUAUUAGGUCAGACCAUCUACCGACUAUUCAAACUUGAAAGAAAUUACUUUUCUAUCACAAUUGCAGCUGUUUUAUAUUCAUUUUAAAUAAAUAAAUGUUGAUUGCUUGAUCUUA